AUGGACUCCGCCGACGAGUUCUUUUUUCACAGUUUCCUUUGCGACUCCGACGAUUCCUCGUCCGAUGAUGAGGAGGAGAUCUUGGCUGCUGUGUUGGUCCAUCACCACCUUAAUAGGCAACGGCCGUUGUCUCGUGGCUCGAUCCCGGGGCACCUUCCGGCGUUGAAUCGCAACCGAGAGAGCGGCUAUUUCCUUCUUUGGAAGGAUUACUUUGACACAACCAACCCGCUGUUCAAACAUCAGAAAUUCGGCGGCGUUUCCGUAUGGGUAGGCAUCUUUUCAACCGUAUUAGAGAGGGGGUUGUUGGAUACGAUAAUUAUUUUGAGUGCAAAGAGGAUGCCAUUGGAUAGAUGCUUCUCAUCUUAUCAGAAAUGCACCGGAGCCAUCCGGAUGCUUGCAUACGGAGUGCCUGGUGAUCUCAUUGAUGAGUACGUCCGUAUGAGCGAGUCUACAUGCCUACACUCCAUGUACAAGUUCUGCAAGGCUGUGAUUGUUGUUUUUGGCCCUGAGUACUUGAGUGAGCCGACUGCUCAAGAUACAGCCCGCUUGUUGGCAAUGAAUGCAAGCAAGGGCUUCCCAGGGAUGCUUGGCAGCAUAGACUGCAUGUACUGGGAGUGGAAGAAUUGCCCUUCUACAUGGCAAGGGCAGUAUAAGGGCCAUGUCAGGGCUUGCACUGUCAUACUUGAGGCCGUGGCCUCACAAGAUCUUUGGAUAUGGCACUCUUUCUUCGGCAUGGCUAGAUUGCACAAUGAUAUCAACGUGCUUCAACGCUCGCCGGUCUUUGCAAGGCUUGCCGAAGGCAAUAGCCCGCUAGUGAAUGUUACCAUCAACGGUCACAACUACGACAAAGGAUACUACCUAUGUGGCGGUAUCCAUCCUUAG